CCUGUGCUGGUCUUGAUGUUGAGCAACCGAGGACAUUGUGAAAUCUGCAGUGGUGAAAUCUUGCUAUUCUCGUGGUUUCUGGUAAAGAGAGUUAAGAGAAGUCUAGCCCCGUGGUCCGAGGUGAAGAACGACCCGAACAAGAUGAAGAUUAUUCUGCUCACUCUCAGUGUUUGGUUGUGUCAGGCCAGCGCAAUUGAUCUAAAAGACUGUAAGAGACCGCCGCUUCGCAACGGCUUUCUAGUUCCUUGGCAGCACAUCUACGAUCACGGCACCAAAGUUUCCUAUGGCUGUAAUAAAGGUCUGAAACCUGUUGUUGAAACAUGGUGGGGAGAGUUACUGUGCGGAAAUGGUGAAUGGUCCCACACACCCCACUGUGUUCCUGAGAGUAACUGUAUCGCACCAGUUGUGCCACACGCCACGCCAAAGCCAUCACAGGUGUCAUAUCCUAAUAACAGCAUAGUUACCUUUGUUUGUGAUAAAGGCUACGAGUUUGAAUUACAAUUACAAGAAAAACAAGCAGCAUGUGAAAAUGGAGAAUGGGGACCUCUGCCCAAAUGUCAGCGAAAAAGGAACGCAUGUGAUGCUCCCAGUCAUGUUCCUAAUGCACUGAUCAAACAUCCAUACCGGGAUACGUUUGAUGAAGGUGAAACAAUUACAUACCUUUGUAAGGAGGGGUACGAGUUCGAGGGAAAGGAUAAAAGCACAUGUGCGAAAUCUACAUGGGACCAUACACCCAAGUGUGAACCAAAAGCUGAGGGUCCACCAAUUUCCCGCGUUACGGAAUGUGGAGCCUACCCCUCUGUUAAAAAUGGAAAAUUGGACAUUUCUGAUUUUGCCUUAACAUUUCGGUGUUAUCCACCUUACGAACUCAGAGGUCCACAACAAGUAAUGUGUCUUAGAGGACAAUGGUCAGAGGUGCCUGUUUGUGUAGAAAGAUCUGAAAGAUCUGACUCCAGCAGGCCAGAAUAUUCCCACGUCAGGCAUUGUGGAGAUUUACCCAUUAUUGAACACGGAGAUGUUACGAAGGCUCCAGAUGGGCUGGCAUUAACAGUGAGGUGCGCUUAUCUUCACAAACUUGACGGACCAGCAGAAGUAAAGUGUGUUGACAGGAAAUGGACACAGCUGCCUGCUUGUAAAGCUCCAUGUAAACUGGAUCAGUCAAAGUUUUAUUAUUCUCAAAGAGAGUACAUGCUGCACGGAGUAGAGGAAGGUUUUUUUUGUACUGCCCUUUCCAGAGUACAGGUCAAAUGUGACAACGGAAAAGCGCUCUAUAGAGGAUGUGGUGAUGACGACUGGUGAGAUGUGUGUGAACGUCUUCCUGCUGCAGCUUUUACUGAAACACACAAAACUGCAGAGCGACUGGAACGACCUGUAACUGCUUUACCUUUAAGCGUUACUGUAACGUUUCUCAGAACGUCUGAUUAAAAACAGAUCCUGAAUAAACAACUGUGGUCUCGUCAAA